AUUUAAAGUAGAUCACAUGCUCAGUCUGAGCAACAACACGGAGUGCACGCGCAUUCCUAAACUAGCCUCUCGUGCAUCGUUUUACGUGGCAAGAAAACUGAACAGACAAAACAGAGAAAUCACCGAGGAAAAGCGGGAAAACAGACCCUUUAUGGACUUUUGCGGUGUGUUUGUGUACUUUUAUGAGGCAUUCAUUCGCAAUCGGCGAUGACGCAGAAUUCCUACAGUCAGCGGACUCUCGUGGUGCUCGCGUUUUUAGGGAUUUUAUCCGCAAUUAUGUCCAUAUUAUCGGUCAUUUUGAUUUUUCAGCUGCAAACGCAACAGGCUGGAAUAAAGGAGUCGCCUUCUUUCGUGUCGAGUGAGAUUGCAGCGGUUUUAAUGCCUGUUUCUACAGUGCUCUCAGCCUUGUCUCUGACGCUCAGCUUGAGUUCAGUUGUCGUGUGUCUCCUCCACAGUUAUUUCACAACUGAAAUGUGCAGAGGGGAACAAGAUACACAAAGGGCCGAUUGGUUUCUAUUGGAUAGCAGGGCUGUCCGGCAUGUGGCCAUUGGACUUUUUUGCCUUGGAGUUUCAGUUUAUUUAGCUGCCAUGUCCAUUUACAUGUUGUUGGUAUUUGAAGUUGAGACUGGAAUAGCCAGUGUGUGCGUUCUGUCCUCCGGUGUGCUCGUCCUGUUACUUAUCAUUAUUCACUCCUUAAUACGGGCAGCACGCACAGCUGAACACUUCCGCAAUGAAUAUGCCCACACCAUGUACCGAAAUGACCCUGAAAGCAGCGCUGGAAGUCGUAGGUCGAACUUAAGCCUUACGGACAAGCUGAGGAGGCAGCACAGCUUAGCUAGUCUGCAACGGGAUUUCACCAACAUUGAUCCAAAGCAGAAAACCCAGUACUCGCCAUCCAGUGGGCCUCACGUUCACUCUAGUGAUAGCAGUGGCAGAAGCGGCCGAACACACCAGACCCUUUCGACUGAUUCGGGCCUGUUUCACACCCAGGCGAAACCUUGGAACGGUGUAAACAGUGAGAUGAGAUCUGUGCUAGCACGCAAGGCCACGUUGAAGGAUUCAACUUUAGUAUGAAUGAUAUCAAGAUGGGCAUUAUGUGAUGGUUAUAUAUAGGUAAAUAUAUAAUAUGUGGCUCUGUAUAUCCUGUAACAUUUAGACCCUGAUCUCAUGAAAAUGUACAGACUGUGGCGACAUUUUUGCAAAAUGAAAUUAGGAAGAUUCCUUACAUGUAUUGCGGCAGUUCAGAGGUGUAAUGUCCACUAAGUGGCGCUAAAAGCGAGUGUAAUUUUCUUCCAUACACAUGAGGUUAUAUGGUUAUUGCUGUAUUUAAUUUUAAAUCAGCAAAACCUACCUCCUUACCCUAAAACUUCAACCUAACCCCAAAUGACAAGUGUCUUAAAAAGCAAAUACGACAUGCUGAAGCAACCACGACAUUUUGUGGUGCUUCUGUGACACUUUCGGCUCACGCGUUCUCUUCAGGACUAGGUCCUCCUGGUCCUUUGCAAGUGCAACGCUCUAUUAGUUGAGCUACCGUGCAAUUUGAUUGCGCUCAAACAAGCUUCUAAAUGUAGUUUAUGUAAUGCAAAUGUUAAAAUCAAGUGAUGCGCUAUAGUAAAAGUAUUUAUGUUAUAUGCUAGCAUUGUGUGAGGAACAGGGUGAAAAGUGUUUCUGAACUGAUAAUCUGCUGUUUUACUAGUGAUUUGUGAGAAAGUGAAUAGAAGUCGUUGUUGUAUGUAUAAUGUUUAUUUCCCUAGGAAACUGCCAUGAUACAUACGAGCCGUGUAAAAUUAAUUCUGCAAAAAUGUAGGUAUAGUAAGUAACGGGUUUCUAUGAGACCAGGUUGAACGUGCCUCCGCUAAGGCAGGCACCACAAAAAUAUAGUAAAAUUCCUUGAGUGACUUGUCUUAGACUCUGGCCGCCAAGUUUUUAAUAACAUUUAAAGCAAAAUAUGUGAAAAUCUGAUUAUUUUUGUACACCUAAUAUAAAACAAGUGUUUGCAAACCAUGCACGCUAACUGUUAAAAUGUAAGAUCAUUUUGUUGAAUUGCUAUUGUAACUUAGUUACAAAAUACUCUUUUCUUUUUAUUUACUAAAAAGACUUAAGAUCUAUGAGUUUUGUAUAUUCAAUGCAAUGUAUUACCUGUACUUUCUACAGACAAAUAAAAGUAUACAAAUUGA